CCCUAUUACAGCGUUGUUUUUACCUUGCUGUGUGGUUUAUGCAGUAGCUCACUACUCCUGUGAACAUACUUAUUUAAACUUUAGCUAAAGACUGAGAUCACGUUUUAGUUGCGCGUAGAUUGUUUGAAUCAUAAAGCUACGCUAAAUAAUACUGGUAUUUUUGUGAAAUAAUUUUAAGAAUAGAACCGGCCCAGAUUUGUUUGAUAACGUUGCGCUCUUUAGCGGUAACUAACAAGUGCAGGAAACUAACAUUUAUUUAAAACCUCCUGAAACAGUAAGGGAUGGAUGAUAUCGAAGCGGAGUUAAAUAUUCCCCAGGCGCAAGCGGAGAGUGAGUCUUCAGAGGAUGAAAGAAUUCAGAAGACACUUAAACCUCCCGGUUUGCUGCACGUGUCUUCCAUUAAAGGAAGGUGUAGAGAAAGCGGGUUUCAUAAAUCAGUGAGACUGUGUCUGAAGGCCAUGAGAGAUGCUAUGCUCCACCAUCGCUGGCAAGAGGCUGCGCAAUAUUUGGCGGCAUACUCUCAAUCACUGGAAGAUUCUACGACCCAAAAGCAGUUAAUAGUCAGUGAGAUUAUCUGGAGACUAGGUACUGAGAUCCUUUACCAUCAUCCAAACUCCAAACUGGAAGACUUCAAUGCUUUGUAUGAGCGGAUGAAAAACUCUGGGGUGAAAAAUUAUGCUAAGAUCUGUUUGGAGCAUUCUUUUCAUCUGCUUUUGAACGGACACUUUCACGAAUCCAAGCAACAGCUAUCAGUCGCAGCGAGCUGGAGGUAUGGCAAGCAAUCUGCAACACAGUCUCUCUUGCUGAAGCUCAUCCAUGCAUACUGUGGCUUUCUGGAUUACUUCAUCUGGUGUAUGAAGAGGUCAUCUGUGGCUAAAGUAGCUGUUGAAGCAGAGGCUGAUGUAGGUAACCGAGAGAUGCACACCUACUUCAGGCAAGCCUCAGUGACCUUGCAGCAAAUCAUCAGUCAGCCUGGAGUUUGGGACCCUUUCAUUCUGAGUUACAUCGAUAUGCUGGAAUUCUACAAUGAUCAAGAAGAGGCUUUGAAUGUUCUACAGAACUAUGCUUAUAAUAAGGAUUAUCCAGCAAACCCAAAUGCUCAUGUCUACCUGUACCAGUUUCUAAAGAGACACAAUGCACCCAACAUCAAACUUAUCAGAACUCUAAAGGUCUUGUGCUCGUUAGUACCCAGUCAUGAGCUCAUUCUGGAAUAUUGCUCUUUGCUGUUAAACUCAGAUGUGCAGGAGGAUCUACAGGAGGCUCUUGGUGUUGCUAUGAAUCUCCUCGACUAUACCAGCUGGAAGACAAACGUAAAUGCAUGGAAUUGCCUGAUGAACAUUUUGAAGUUGCUGAAAAGCAAAGGUCUUAAGCAUCUAAUAGACAAAGAGUGGGAAGAAAGGAAAACGCUGUGGCUGGCUAUGCAUUAUAGAACGUGCCAUUGCAGGAAGGAUUUUAAAGAAAAUGCAGAACUGGUGAAGGUCAAAAUCAAAGUAAUCACUCUCCUUGGUAUAUACAACACAGGCUACUCUAAAGUGUAUUUGGACGUUUCAAUGGCCCGCAGCACUCAGAAGAGAAAAAGGAAGACAAGUACAGACAGAAGUGAUCGUCUUGACUUAUGAAUGUGCAAUUGGUUGUGCUCCUGGAUUUGACCACUGGGUUGUGCCAGUGCCUAACAUGUUAUGGUCCCUUUGCUUAUUAGUAGAAAAAUGUUUGACAAAAGUUACACUAUUUUGCCUUGUUCAAAAAAAGCCCGUUUGAAGAUGUUAUUUCGUGAUCCGUAUUCAGUUCAUUUAUUGCUGUUAUGUGUUGCACAUGUGUAUAAUGUAUUUUUAUUCUAUAUUCUAAGUAUUGCUAAUGUUCACUCUGGGGGGUGGGGGUAAAAGUUUCAGUUUAUUAAUAAGUUAUAUGUAAAAUCUAACCUUUGCUUCUCUAGUCUCCAUUAUUAACUUUACUACUAAUCACUUGGUAAUUGUGAAAGUGCCAUCAGCCUAUCAUGUUGUGACAUCUCAUUGAUCAAGGAACAGCUGAGCCAAAAUAAGACAAUGACUUCACUACAAGAGAACAAAGUAACUGAAUCAUAGUCUUGAGCGGUUUGGAAAAAUGUCUGUCUGCUGUGCCCCCAAGGAGUUGCAAUGCUGUCAUUUCUCCUGGGCCUAAGCCUCCAUACAUGAACCUGUACAUUAAAAUGCAACAGUAUAUUCUCUAGUUACAGAAAUAAUGGAGCUUAUUUUCAUAAUGCAGUCUAUCUCACAAAGGUUAAAAAGGCUGGUGGUGAGGCAGUCAUCUGUGGGUCUUAUGAAAACUAUAAUAUUAAAGAUGACUUAACAGUACUGAAUGUAUUCAUGUGGGUUGUAAGAUUUUAUUAAUCACACCUAACCCUAAUAGUAGGUAUUCAUCACUAUUAGUCUAAUUAUAAGCACUUUGAAUUGAAUGUAUUAAACAUUCAUUGUUAUUUAGUUUAUGUAAUUAAGAAUGGGUAAUCUUACUUCAACUUCUAAAGAUCUAUAGCCAUUACAUUUGAAUAGAUUUAUAAUUCAUGCUUAAUUAUACAAUUUAUGUAACUAAAUGGAAUCAUAUAUAAUUUACUCUUUGUUUAUUCAUCAUUGUUAAAGAACAAGGCCUGUUUAUAUUAAAUUCAUACUGCCCAGACUACAAGGUCAGCCCCCUCCCUGAGCUGUGAUGCAUUUGCCUAUGUAGUAUUAGUGUCUAUACCAGAAUGGAAGAUCACCUUAAGAUACUUUGUUUCAAGCUUCUCUCUGUGCUGUUUUUUAAAUUUAUAAUUCAAACAGGGAAUAUGCAUAAUGGUUACACAUCAGUACAAAACAUUUUUGAGGAGGUGUUUAUUAUUUUGUAUAACCUUAAAUGUUUGGUAUAUGUUUGUUUUCUAGACACUGAUGUACACAAUACAGUCUUGUUAUAUGCCAUCUAUCCCCAGGGUGGUCAUUGCUACCUAUGGCUGAUGUAUGCUUCUGUUUCUCCAUAGAUCUUAAACAUCUUGUAAUCAAAGAGUGGGAUGAAAGGAUAAUGCUGUGGCUGGCUAUGCAUUUUAGAAAGUGCCAGUGCAGGAAGGAUUUUAAAGAGAAUGUAGAACUGAUGCAGGACAAUCAAUGUGAUGCCUUUACAUACAUUGUUAGAAGACAAUGUCUAUAACAGAGUAGCAGAACACCUUUAGAUACUUUGUCACUCUGCUGGAAAGCAUAUAUAACCGAGGCAUUGGCAUAAAUUUUUGAAAUUUAAUGCUAAACCAAUGUUCAGAAAUUGAUACUGUGACUUCCAAACUUAAUGUGUAAUGAACAAGAAGAAUACAACUUGUUUGGUUUGGCAUGUGACAGGCUAGUUUUGGAUGGCUCUCAGAAGAUGAACUCCUUGUACUUUUGUUAGCCUGAAAUGUUGAAACAGUACAAAAUAAUUUCAGAAAUUGUUCCCUUCCCUAGACAGAAAAGUGCUGUUUGCUGUUGCCCUAAAAUAUCAUCAUGCUGUCAGUUCUGUAGACCUCUGAUAAUCCUCAUCUGGAGAAAUGGAAAAAUACAUCUUUAGCUAGAUGGAGAGAAACAUGUCUUUUGGAAAUGUGUACUGGAAUUUAUUUAAUUUAUUUUUGGCAACCAGGUCUCUGUUGUUUUUAUAUUUGUCUUGCAGUGCCUUUGUCUAUAUUUUGACAAGAUUAUGAAUCCAAUUUUCUUCUCUUGAUUUCUCAUACAGUUAGUUAAUUUUAAGCAUCUUAUAGAUAUGUAUCUUUUUUAUUGAGAUAAAUGUGGUUCA